AUGGCAGUCAACCCAAGUACUCUCCCGAAUAGAACGGCUGUUGAAACCCGCCGCUCGCCUCCUGAUGAGAAGUGCGCUAUGUGUCGGAUGCCGCUAGAAGACGCUACUCCCGAGUACAGCCACGUAGACGAAACUAGAACCGAUUCAGAUCGUAAUGGCAAAAUGAGAUUAGUCACCACUAAGGUCGGUGGCUAUAAGCGCUGCGUCCACCGCGUUUGCAUCAACUCGUGGUGGGAGUCUGUCGGCCUCCAUCUGAACACGUGCCCGAUGAAUCAUGCACUUUGCUACGGUAUCGAACGUAAAGGCCAAACCGCCGUCAACCUUCCCGAGUAUACCGGAUUCAUAGGCCAUAACUUGCACACACAAAGGUAUUUUCGCCCGCUCAGCUUCAGCCAAUGGCUGCUUGCCAGUUACCCGCAUUCUAACAUGGGGAACGAUGGUCUCGAAGAGCUCGACAGCGAUGAAGAUGAUACAGAUUCGAUCGCCAUGCCAGGCCGAGAAAUGGAAGUCGUGCAAGCUCCUUUUGCUAAAGAUCCAGAUCCUAUCGAAGUUUUGGAAGGGCUUGUGGAGACUGUGGCCGAUGGUCUCAGUCGCCAACAUGAUCGACCUGUUCGCAAUGAUGUUCAGCUGAGAGUAUUACACGAAGCCGAUUACCGGCUUAUCGCAUUCCACCCUUUACUAUAA